AUGCAGACUUCCCAAAGUUUUAGCAUGUAUAUGCUGAAAGCACCUCCACCGCCCGAGAUCUCACCCAUUGCUGCCCUCCUCGCCACGAACGACCCUCCAGAACCGCAUGGGGAAGCCAUCGCCCACCAAAUCAUCGCAACUUCGACAGCGCGGAUCUCAGAGUGCGAUGAAUUGAUCAAGCAGCUCUGUGCGGAAACUGGGCAGUUCAAUGAAGUGUUGGCGAGCUUGCGGUCUCGGCGUGCAGAGCACAAAAACCACGCGAAGCUACACAGGAGCGUCAUCAGCACUCUUCGUCGUCUCCCAUCCGGAAUUUUGUUGGAGAUUUUCUUCCUUAUCGCCCUCGAUGGCUUUCCGAGCGAUAUUUGGAUGGUGACCGAAGUUUGUCGGCGCUGGCGUGCAAUCGCGCUUGCCACACCAGCACUGUGGUCCGUCUUUCCGCUCCAGAGGUACGCAAGUGCCACCACCAUCCUAUCCCGUCUAUCCAGGUCAUUCAGGCGUUCGCACACGCUUCUCUUCCAGCUUACUAUCGAUUUCCGAGAGUCAGGCGGCUAUCCCGACAUCAAAUUCCCGGUCUGCCCCCUUCAAACCGUUGUACUGCCUCACUUACGGCGGAUCACCCAUCUCACCGUGUGCACGCCCCAGAAGCCACAAACAACAUUCCUUUCUCCCUCAAGUCCUAGCCUGGUGAAAUGGGAUUCGCUGAGAUCUCUUCGACUAAAUCAAGUAUUCAAAGUGUCACCGCGAACGUCUCCAAUUACCGUAUUUCAGCAUUCACCUCUUCUUCAAGAUGUAGAAGUUACUACUUGUGAAAAGACCAGGCUUUCCCACGUGAACGAACUCGUCCUCCCCUGGUCUCAACUAUGCAGGUUCUCCGCAAAAAGAGUCGCUUUAGUUUGUGCCUUCUCCGUUCUUCAAGCGGCACCAAUGCUGGAAGAGCUCGCUGUCGAGUUGACUCUUCCAGAUCCCGAUUUCAACAUCGGGAGAUUCACCCACCAAUCUUUGUCUAGGCUUCAUGUCCGUGGGUGGUUUGCAGAGUCUGCAGAGGCCGCGCAAGACUUCUUGAGCCACCUAAUUCUGCCGUCGCUCAGCAAGCUCUCCGUAGACAUAUCUGACUUGGACCACGGAAUCAUCUCCGACUUCGUCAAACGGUCGCUUUGCAAGCUUACCUUUCUCGACAUCCCGGGGAGCCAUCCAUUAGAAACAGAUUAUCUCCCCGCUUUCCGUCAGCUUCUCUCGCUUCUACCUGACUUGACCGACCUCGGCCUUCCUUUCUCCUUGGAAUUCGUUCAGACCACCCUCCCAUUGCUCCCUUCGCUCGUUCCCCAGUUACACCACCUGUAUCUCAUAGACAAUGGUUCAACUGCAACAGAGGAUCGGACGGCCGUUUGCGAUGUUGGUUUAGCCAUGUCCAAGGGGCUCGUCCACCCUCAACUCGAAACACUCAUAUUGCCUUGCAUAGACUCCCUGCCUCUUCACAGCAUGGUUCAGGAUUCGGCAGAAAUCACUAGGUAUGAAGAUAUAGUUAAUCAGUGGUACAAAAAGCUCCGCAAGGUGUAUGCUUCUCUCGCGUACUCGUCAAAGAGGUAUGGUGCUACACAGGCGGUCGAUGUACGUCCUUAG